AUGGCAGCUUCAUGGCUCAUUCGUUUGGUUUUUCUGACUGUUAAUGUUCUGAUGGCAGUGGUACUGGUGAUAUCCAACUCGGACUUCUGUGCCAGCGUUUUUGAAACUCAAACAGGUAAAUUAACACCUGCGGCUUUAUAAAACGGUUUUCUGAAACGUUUUCUAAGUUGCAAACAAACUACCAUUUUUUUUUCUCAAAGUUUUCUUCAGUAGAGUCUUUUAUUACAUUUUUUUAAAUACCCAUUUUGAUUUGCAGUCUGUCUACUUUGAAUUGAGAUGACGAACUCGGGAAAAAAGCAUUUUAAUAGCAUUUUCUUUUCCCGACUUUCAAUCUGAUGUUAAAAUUACUUACAACUCUUAUCACUUUUUUUACUUCCGACGAUUCGCUCUUGUAUCAUAUCGCAAUUUUGCAAGCGAAUAUAUCUCCUCAUCAUAAAAGAUCAGAAAAUUGUUUAGCUAAAAAAAUGAAUGAAUGUUUGUCCUACCUUCAUGUUAAACUCUACUGUUUUUUGAAUAUUCCUCUGUUUUAUAUUCCUUCAUGUUUCAGACCAUGUUUUAGUUGGUCAUGUCAUGAGUACAUCAACUGUUGCUGACGAGUUUGAAUGUCACCAAAAAUGUCUCAGAAAUAACAGCUGCAAGUCAUUUAAUGUUCAUCCUGGUGCAGAUAUUAAUACAAACCACGUUUGUGAGUUGAACAACGAAACACGGAAGAUGAAACCGGACAAUUUCAUUAAGAAGAAAGGAUCUUCUUAUUAUGGACAAGUUAAGGUCAGAUCCACUGUUUGAACAUAAACUAUCGCUUUUUUAUAAAACUGUUAUUUAAAAAAACUCUAACAACUAAUUAGCGACCUUAAGAUCAGACGACGGCGACGGCAACGAGAACGUCAUAAAAGCAAUAGGUUUUUAAAACAAGCAAGUUAUUAAAAUAAGAAAAACAACAAGAAAAAAACAACUUUGCACGUGCAUAACACUUUGAAAAUGCCUAACUUCAUGUUUUAUAGAGGAUGUCAUUAAAACAUUCAAUCAACGACGAAAUUUUCUUUCUCUUUCUUAACUUGGAUAAGGUUCUUAGAAAUUCAACUCCAGGAGAGUUCGUGUACAUUCGACAAAGUAAGCGUGAUGGAACAAUCGCGAUGACGAUUGGAAAACGCGAAUUCAUUUUUAAGCGACGUUUUACCUGCCAUCGCCGUCCUCGCAUCUUAAGGUCCCUAUUAAAACAUUUGUUUACCACGGUCACCCUGUUCGGUUUUUUCGGAAUUUCAACAGACAAGUAUUUAAUUUCUUAGACUUUUAGGCUCAAAUUCUAUGGAGUUUUGAGAUCAGAUUCUUACGAAUUACUUGAUACUAUACGAAUUUAAGUGGUUAUCUUAGCAGAACUCUAAUAUCGUAAAUAGUACUUUUGACGACAUUGUCUUUUAAAUAAUGAGUUGUUGCACUGGUUUGCCUGUGUCUUAAGUACAUAUUUGUUUUUACCCACACGAAAAAUAUCGCGUAUGCCAGGGUAUAGAAAGAAGGUAUAUCAACAUAUUUAACAAUUAUCAUAAGUAUCAUCUAAAAAAUUAUGGAGAUCGAGGAGGGUGUUAUCCGCCUCGACCGCUAGCCAAUCAGAAACGGAGAAAUAUUUUGAAUAAAUAAUAGUUAUUUAUAUUACUUCUAAAGCAAACAAAAGUGGUAAUAACUAAAGCACAUAAUGACGUCAUCUAUAGUUGUUAUCUAUUGUUUGAUGUUUCUCAUUUCAAUUCCUUAUUUCCUUCUCAGGUUUCCUGCCAAGAUCUGCCCACCAACAAGAAGAAACAAACUGGUCAUUGUCAUCCGGACUACAGAGGAAAAAAAUGUGAAAUUCGUGAGUAACGCUUGUCUAUUUUUAAAUUUGAUUUUACUAUUGCCUCACGGAGGAGCAAAUAUUUACCAUAUAUAGUCAUUUGUUUUAUUAUCUGCUGCAGCAAAGCGAGGUUGGAAUUCCAAGCAGCCUGCUUAUUCAUGUAAGAGCAUCCGGGACUCUGGUGACUUUAAAGGAGACGGGAGGUACUGGAUCGACCCUGAGAACAGUGGAAACCCGUUGAACGUUUACUGUGACAUGACAACUGACGGAGGUGAGAUCUGUUCCAAAAAAUCUGAAAUCGUGAGCAAUUAUAGCUCAUUCAAACUACUUUUUCGUUUCUGGUUGAACUAUAUUCCCCGGCUUAUUCUUUAUAAACAGCUACCAUUAUCAAAUUUAAAGACAUUUAACGUCAAUUGUACAGAUAUCGUUUGAGAGAGGGACAGCAGAAGGUGCAGUAGCUCUUUUUUUUUUUUUUAGCAAUUCCUUUAUUUGGCCAAGACUGAAUAGGGUAUGGUUUUCAGGGUAAUACAAGUUUACUAAUUUAAGUCUUGAACAGGGUAUCCUCAUGCCGAGGUACCAACAAUAUAUUUUCAAAAAAAACUCCAAUUUCAUGAUGUUAAUAUAAAAAGCACCUCUAAAUUCCUUGUGUAAAAUGAAGUGAAUCAGAGUUGUGAAAUUAGGUCUCCUGUCUUUAACAGGGUGGCAAAAUAAACAAUUUUUUGUUUUAAACAGGGUUAGGGUUUGAAGGGUUCGGCGACUACUCCCCCCCCCCUCCCGGAGGAUUUCAUACGUUAUGCGUGGGAGGCAGCCGUUGAACUACUGUCUAAACAUAUCACUGUGGUAAUCAAUGACAACGGCGUACUAAAAUAUACAUUCCGAUGAAGCCUUUCGAACUAUUUUGCUUCAAAGACCUUCAAUAAACUUUGCGGCGUUAUUAUUUUUUCUUCUUCGCGCAUGACUUUAUUAUGGUGCCGCCUCGCAGCCUCGUGUCUGCUCGUUGGCAAUUAUUUGGAAUAGCUGAAGAAACAAGUUGGGGUGCGUUUCUUUACCAAAUAUACCAAAAAUGGAUUAUUGAUACAAAUGAUCUACAAUGGGGGUGGAUUCUUUGUAUCAUAUCCAAAACCGGAUACUUUGGAUGCAUGAUCCGAAGCGUUUCUUUACUACGGAUCCGAAAGAGUGAAUACAGUCGACGGUAACUCGAAACAAUUUUAAUACAUACAGCAGCUGUUUUGCAACUUAACGUUGCUCAUCUCAACGGCCAUUUUUAAACUCGAGGCAUGAAUUGAACGAUUCGUUUUAUCCCGCGCAAUUUUUAUAGGGAUAGUAAAAUCGCAAUACAAACGGGACUUGCAUUGGUCUAGUUCCAAACGGCAAGUCGAGACACUUCGCCGGAGCGAGUUGCAACAUUUUACAAUAAAAUUUUUACGAUGUCGGGACUGUUCAGCCAGAUCAAUCUGCUCUAGCCUGCUUAGUAGCAGGCGUCGAAAGGGGUAGGAGAUAGAGAGGAAGGGAAAAAGGAAGGGGGAUUGGGGAGAGAGGGUAGGGAACGCCUGCUAUAAGAACCCCCUUUUGUUCAUUGCUGCGGACGCUGGCGUCAGCAAAUUCCUGUUUGGCUGAGCCGUGAUGAAUAACUUAUUGGCGUGUAUCCUGGCGUGUAUUAGUGAGAGACAAACAUGAUGAAGCCAUCAAGGAAAUGUGUUCUACUGGCAUAAGCUUUGGAAGAUCAAAAUUACUCCAAUCAUGUAGCAACUUGAAGUUAAAACCCGAACUGGAACCAACUGUAAUAGCUUUGAAAAUAAUCCUGAAAGCCAUCACGUAAGGCCAGAAUCGCUUGAGACUUUUCAACCCCCUUACGUAUCAAGCAAGGUGAAGUAGAGUAAGCUACUUUUUGAACACGAUGACAUCCGAAAUCGGAUUUGCGAUGAGUUUCACAAGCGGUGUAUUUCUCAACCAAAAACCCAUUAAACAAACCAUCCACGAAUAACAGAAGAAUCUUAGUAGCGAGCUGCAUUUAAUUAAUUUUGUGGAAAAAGACAGUUAAAAGCAUCAUACGAUGACAAAAAAGUCCGUCAGCUUCAGCUAUCUGCGUAAACAUAGUUUCCAAAUGCUGCAAAAUAUUUCCACAUGAAUUCACCUGUCAAAUUUUGACCAAUCGGACAAAAAUUGGGAAUAGAGCAUGGCCAACGCAUGACUAUGGUGAGAAAUGCUAAAAGGAUCUGCCUUCCCUGCGUGUUAAAAACUGCCUAAAUUUUCGCGUCCGAAGUCAGUUUGAAAUCAAAAUCUUAAUUGGUCAGCUCAUAAACACAACUUGUUUCCUGUGCAUUGAAACAAAAUUGAGUUUGAGUCUGCGAAUAUUUGAAAACUAGUAACUUCGCAGUAGAUAACUUCCCAAAAACGUACACUCGAUGGGUCAAGAAAUAAGCCCGCGAUACGGUCAAGUGAUACUGGGCAGCGGAUACCCUGUUUUGACAACUGUCAACUGACCACGACAUGGAUGUGCUGAAUCAGGUUGCAGGCUCCCAAACUAGCUAGAAAGUGUGAGAUUGGUUUCCUGGUUAUGCAGACGGAGGGACGGUCACGUGACUACCAAAUUUUCUCGGGUAGAUAGAAGCACGCACGUCGAGCUUCGCUAUUAAAACAGCCAUUCUUAUCGAUUUUACAGAAUGUAGGACUUUAAUAAAAUGCCUCUUUAUCUUCACAUUUUUCUUUCAGGAGGCUGGCUCCUUGUUUCCAACAUCACGAUGGAAAGUUCAACUCCACCCUCUCAGCUGCCAGUCAAGACUUCAUACCGUGGAAUAACCAGUGAUCAGAUGGUUCUUACAAAAACCGCCAUGAAUGAGCUGAGAACACACUUGUCUUUCACCCAGCUGAGAUUCCACUGCUUUAAAAAAUAUGCAUGUACGUUCCACGUUACCACUGCUGCCAACAGCAGCGGUGAAGCUGUAGUCCAAUACUUCAGCGGUCAGACAGAUGUCCAGCCCGCCUCGUGUGGCUCAUAUGUCAUCAGGGAAAAUGACAACUCAAGGCUGGCAAGAGUUUGUCAGAAUUGGGGAUCGGAAAAUGGCGUGCACACAGUUGGCAAAUGGGGUCAUGGUCGAAAGCAAGACAGGCUGUAUAUAUACCCUGCUUUUACAGUUGGCAAAUCUCAUUGGUACAUGAACCCACCUAAUUUUCUUUGCGAUGAUAACAUCCCAAAUCCAACAUCUUCUAGCGAUUUCUGGAAAGUCUAUGUUCGCUAA